AUGGAUUCACGAUCUUACCCGGCCGAUCAGGUUAGAUCACGAGAAACCAAAGAAGACCCUGCUUAUCUAUCCACCGCUGAUUGUAGGCCUCGACCCACUCGUCCCAGAGCCAACUCGUCCGCUGCCACUGGUGAAGAUGAUACGCUCACAGAUAAUCCAGAUGAUGGGUUCCGUUCCGACGCCGAUAGACGACCUAGUCGUCCGUCCAGGAGUGCCAGUCUACGAGAAGCCCGAGGUGGUCAGCCUGGAUAUGGUAUUCAUCCAUCCAUGACAGGAUGUGGGCCUCCUGGAACCUACGGAGGGAUGGGAUAUCCUGGUGAUUCGGCAUCCCCAUACGAUGAUGGUGGAUAUCCUACUCAUUACGGUCCUUACUCCAAAGCGGCUUCCCCGCCCAACAUCCUCGAGAGAUCAUUUGACUUCUCCAGGCCCCCCUUAUUUGGAUCACCCAGACGGGGGCCAUCAUCCGGGUCAUCCGAUGAGACACGUGCGGAUCAACCACCGAGAUCAAGGAAAUCGACGAGGCCGCCAAAGCCCAGAGAUCCUGCGCGCACUUCUACUUCAGGCGCUGAAAGACCUUCUGUGGAUGCAGGACAGAGCGAGAUGCACAGACGAAGGGAUAUCCCUUCCAUUCGUCUCGAUACGACAGCGACCAAUCAGAAAACUUGCAAGAUCAAAGGGAAGCCCAAGUCUGUCUCAAUCGGUGAUAUCCAAUCCACGAUGAAUGAUCAAGGCGAUGGUAUAACAAUAAAAUCCUUAGAUGGAUUGUUAAUCAAGAAGAUCAUACAUCACGAUCAAUGGGAUUCCGAAUCUGGUCAUGCAGCUACCAUAGUCUUCGCGAAGCCUCUAUCAUCAAGGGAUGACAAUUUUACACAGGAGGAGGAAGAUAGUCCUGUCAGAGUUACACUGAGCGAGGCGAACUGCUUCGGAUCGCUCCGAGAGAACGGGUGUUUGGCCGCCUGA